CAGUUGCCAUGGGGAUAUUUCAAGUUAAACAACAUGGAGGACGACAACGGCGCCUUUGCUGGUGAAACCGUAGAGAAGUUUCGCACCUACGAGGACUUCUUAGAUUCUCAGAUAAAACCUUUGGAUCUAUUUUACCUUCAGGAUCAGGAACGGGCCCGCCAGCUGGUGGAGCUAGGCCACAAGGGUAGCAGUUUGGAAAGGGAGGAAUUUGAGACAAGGAAAGCAGCUGCCGAGGCCUCCAGGCUUGCUUCAGGGAGCCAACAGAAGAAGCUGGCAAGUACAGGAAAGGAACUCAAAGAUAACUUCCUGAGAGCCCUGGCGGAGCGGGAGGAGGCUAACCGCAGUGGGAAAAUGACUUCCAUCAUUUUCAUAAGGGACCGAAAUUCUCGCGGACAGGAAAUAUCUGGGUAUAUAGACUACUCCCACCGACUAAAAUCUGAAGACUUUGAACCAUAUUUCAGUGGAAAGAAAAGGUUUCUGCCAAAAACAACUGACUUAAGCUUCUACAACUGGGGAACACAGGUGGCCGAAUAUAAUACCAGCUCAAACUACGAGGUAAUCACAGAGAAUCCAAGCGGUCUGCUCUUCCAGUGCAGGAACGACACGAAAAUCUUGAAUGUUGACCCAGAGGCAAUACCUGGUGAUAGCUUCAUCCGAACUCCUGUCCGAUCUGACCUAUAUGUACAUGUUGUAAUUUAUGACCACGUCACCAGAAAACCCGCGACCAGUUCCUGUGCACCACUCUCCAAUUAAAUGUAUUAUAAAAAUUAAAAUUAGUGGAGCCACUAAUUUCAUCUACAUAUAAACAGUUUUAAUCUGUAAGUAUUUCAUAAUAAUUUUGACUUCAUAUUGUGCACAGCAUCUGGAUGUUAUGAAUGGUAGAGCUGUGUGUUUUGAUCUUUAGGGUCCACU